AGAAGCAUUUCCAGCUUACUCACUCAUUGAUCUCUGUUUUCUCUUUUGGAGAAGCUACUCUCUCCUUUCUUUUCCUAUCAAUGGCAACAACAGAGACUAAAACAGCUGAGGUUAAACCAGAAAUUAAACCAGAAGCUAAAGAAGUUGAAAAACAUUCAGAACCUCUCAAGUAUAAGACAUGGGUGUUGAAAGUCUCCAUCCAUUGUGAAGGCUGCAAAAAGAAAGUCAAGAAAAUCUUACAAAACAUCGAUGGGGUUUAUAAGACAGAUAUUGAUUUAAAGCAGCAAAAGGUCACAGUGACUGGAAACGUAGACUCUCAAACUCUGAUUAAGAAGUUGGUAAAAACAGGGAAACAUGCAGAGCUUUGGCCUGAUCCAAAAGCCGACUCCAAAGGGAAAAAACAAGGCAAGGGUAAAAACAAAGAGGUAGUAACAGUAGCAAAAGAUGACCAAGAAAGCUCUGAGGAAAACAACCAGGGCGGCGACAAGGAAAAUCAGACUGUCAAAGUUGAAGUCGUACAAGACUCUUCUGCCAAAACUACAGAUGCAUGUACUGUUCAUGUUAUUAGUGAAGGCAGUUCACCGGGAAAAACCGGUGCAAGUGGACAGGUCAAAGAGUUUAAGCCUGAUCAGCACAAACAAACUGUGACCGUACAUACGUGUAGUCCUUCGCCGGUGCCGGAGAAAAAGAGCGGUGGUGAACAUGAGGCUCCGGCCGAAAUUAACAAUGCUAAUGGUAAUGCUGCUGCUGUUGCUGGCACUAGCGGUGGUGGUGGUAAAAAGAAGAAAAAGAAGGGGCAAAAUGGUAAUAACGUUGGAAUUAGUGAGGUUGAACAACACGCAAGUAAUGCUGCACCGGCACUUACUGGAUCACAUAUUCCUUAUCAUGUUACUACUCAUAUCCAAGGCCCAGGUCCGAUUCCGGUUUCAGCCAAUUACAGCCCCACACGUCAUCAGGAGUAUCAGUACCCUCAGCACCAGUCCCAUUAUUACUACCAUGAGCGUGGAGCCCCGGUACAUGGGCUGAGCUACAGUACUACGCAGCCUACUAGUAGCUAUAGUGCGGCCUAUUAUCCCUAUUCUCAUACGUAUAUGCACCAAGGCCCAAUAAUCGAGACGGAAUCUCCGCCCUACGAUUCGGACUCGUAUUCACCUCAGCCGCCGGAUUCGUUCGAGUUAUUCAGUGAUGAGAAUCCAAACGGCUGUUCAGUCAUGUAAUGUUGAAGAGGAGAAAAUUACCAUGUUAACCCUUUAUAUAUGUGGCAAACUUAUACUACUUGUGUAAGCUCGUUUGGGUUGUGGGGGAUAAUUUUGUAAUGUUAUUGUGUAGAUAUAAAAAAUGUGAAAGAAAAAGAAAGUAAAAGUAGUUUGAACUAUGGGUAGUUUUUGAGGUUACUUUUAUUAGUUGGUAUUUGUGCUUAGCUUUAAUUAGUGCUUUUUAAUCUUUUGAGGAUGGUUUAUAGAAAAAAGUAACUAGCCUUGUAAUGCUUAGUUGUGUUGUGGCCCAUCUCUUUCUUUCUAUCUAACGUGUAAAGUAAAUAUUGGUUUUUGGUUAUUAAUGACACAUUGUAGGGUUAGUUUUAGGUAC